ACUUGCUGCGCAGCCCGCAGCUCAGGCCCGUCCUCGGCUGUCAGAGCGGCGGUGCGGUUCGAGUUCCAAGAGGCCUGCGGGCGGCGUCCACCAUGUUGUGCCGGGCGGCGUGCAGCACGAGCAGGAAGCUGGUGCCGGGCCUGGGGGCUCUGGGCUCCCGGCUGAAGCACAGCCUCCCCGACCUGCCGUACGACUAUGGCGCCCUGGAGCCCCACAUCAACGCGCAGAUCAUGCAGCUGCAUCACAGCAAGCACCACGCGGCCUACGUGAACAACCUGAACAUCGCCGAGGAGAAAUAUCGGGAGGCGCUGGAGAAGGGUGAUGUUACAGCUCAGGUAGCUCUACAGCCUGCAAUAAAGUUCAACGGUGGAGGCCAUAUCAAUCAUAGCAUUUUCUGGACAAAUCUGAGCCCUAACGGUGGUGGAGAACCCGAAGGGGAGUUGCUGGAAGCCAUCAAACGUGACUUUGGUUCCUUCAAGAACUUUAAGGAGAAGUUGACCACCGUAUCCGUUGGUGUCCAAGGCUCAGGCUGGGGUUGGCUCGGUUUCAGUAAGGAACAGGGACGCUUACAGAUUGCUGCUUGUUCUAACCAGGAUCCCCUGCAAGGAACAACAGGUCUUAUUCCACUGCUGGGAAUUGAUGUGUGGGAGCAUGCUUAUUACCUUCAGUAUAAAAAUGUCAGGCCUGAUUAUCUGAAAGCCAUUUGGAAUGUAAUCAGCUGGGAGAAUGUAACUGCGAGAUACAUGGCUUGCAAAAAGUAAAACAUCAGCCUUACACUGAGUACAUCAAGCUCUUUAUGACUAUUUUUGUAGUAGUGCAGAGAACCACAUAUACCAGUAAGCUGCUCCAUUGUAGCAUUUCUGAGUGUGGCUUAUUCAAAUAUUUGAUAAACAUAAUUUAGUGCUGUGAAUAAUCUCUUUUAAAAGCUUAUUAGGCAACUGUUUGAAAAUGUUAAAUGCUUUGUAUAAUUUAAUCUUUUGAUUGAACAUUUUCUUCAGAGAGCUACAAUAGUUAGGAGAUUAUAAUUUUCAUCAUAAAACCAUGAAGAAUGUUUCAUCCCUAUACUGUUGGGGUGUCUAAGGAAGCCUUUCUGAUCCUGUUCUAUUGCAGUUACAGAAAAUCUGGUCUUUUGCCCCAUUUGUUUAAUAAUAAAAUAUUAAAUUUAUUUCCCAAGUGAAAUAUUCAGUUUUCUAUUGAAAAUUGCUCUUUUUGUGAGUAAUCCUCUGUCCAGUAUUACUUCUGGUGGAUAUCACCCAGUGGUCUUUAGUUACUUAUUAUUUUGUGUGUGUGUGUGUGGUACGCGGGCCUCUCACUGCUGUGGCCUCUCCCGUUGCGGAGCGCAGGCUCCGGACGCGCAGGCUCAGCGGCCACGGCUCACGGGCCCAGCUGCUCCGCGGCAUGUGGGAUCCUCCCGGACCGGGGCACGAACCCGUGUCCCCCGCAUCGGCGGGCGGACUCUCAACCACUGCGCCACCAGGGAAGCUGUUUAGUUACUUAUGAUCACAGGUUAUACAGGGUUAACACUAACCAUUUUGUCAUUAAAAAUAUAUAUAACUUGAUUGCUAAUUGAGAAUUGCUUUAUUAUGAGAAGGAAAUAGUAGUGCCUCUGAAUUUUUCUGUAGACAGAAAAAGACUUUUAUGAAAUUUUGUCCUCAUAGAAAUGUGUGUUGUCUUAAGUGCUCAAAGUGGACAAAUUAGGGCCUAGUUAAUAAAGUCAAUGAUAGGGAUGGGCCACAAAUCUGCUGGCCAGACACUUGCCCCUCUUCUUUGGGGCCUGCUCAUGCAGCAUCCCUCUCAAGAGAACCAGACCUGGGCCAGGGCCUGCAUUCCCAAGUAAUGAAAGGCAAAUUGGUUUCAGGACGCAGUCAGGAGCAUGCCUCUCUGAGGAACAUUUAUUUUCAAAGAUUUGUUUUUGAGUUAUUUCAUCCAUUUUGAUGUUUUUUGUUUCUUCUAGAAAAUGUACAAUCGCUAUAGAAGCUUUAUAUUGUUUUAUUGGUUUUUCCAAUACAGGGAAAACCGUAUCCCUAAUAUAGCGACAGGGCAGUCAGAUGACAUUCCUGUUGAGUUUUUGUGAAUGGAGCUGUUCAGUGCAGCAGGGUCCUUUCUGUAUUUGGCUUCACAGUGUCAGGUGUUCCAUGUUCUUCAUUAUCUUCUCUCCUUAUCGUUAAUAGCUGUAUAGUAUUUUAUCAACUGGACAUUUCCUAAUAUAUUUUACAGUUCUGUUACUGAAGAUUUCAUUGGUUUCUAAUCUGAUGAUUACAGGUAAUGCUAUUCUGAUACCCCACACAGGUUUUACCUUCUAUUGGAAUAUUUUCUCUAUGUAGGUUUUUUUCUUAAACCUAUUUUAGUAACAGGGUGUUUUCUCAAGUUUAUUUUUUCAUUAAAAAAAAUUUCCCCCUAACUUUAUUAUCCUUUUUUUUUUUAUGGAAAAAUUGAGUGACUUAGCAGUUUCAAUAUUGAAGACUGAAGUUUUAAAAAAAAUUUUAAUUCAAGGCACUUUUCUUUUAGAAUUCAAUUAGAAGAGUAUUUAGGCUUUCUGAAUUGUCAACAGCGUUAAUGAGACUAGGGUUAAUGUGUGUGCUUGUGGAUUGAAAACACUUCAGAGACUAUGAUUGCCAUCCUUUCUAUACCACAGUAAAAUGGCUUUAAUGGGGCACAACUGAGAGCCGUGUGACUUCUGCUUACGUGUAUCCUAUACACACAUGUAUAUGCCUAUAUAUAUAUAUAUUAACAAGGCAGUUGUGUGACGGCUGUUUACAUAUACCCUAUACACACAUAUAUAUGCCUAUAUAUUAUAAACAAGGCAGUGAACUCUGUAAACAGACCAUUGAGAAAAUAGGACCUUUUUGAAAGAUGGGCUUUUGAAUACAAGUAGUCUUCUAGAUCAUGAACAAACAAAGAUAUGCAGAGACUACUGACUUAAUAUAAAGCUUUUGGACUCUCAUUAAGCUUUAAGAUUAAAAAAAAAAUUCAAUGUUGAAAUUUCUAUGGGGCUCUAUUUUUGCUUUGAUUGUAUCAUGUGAGAACAAGGGAAAGCAUACUGUCCUCCACUGCACUUUUGGAUUUUAAGAGACUAAGAUAACAUACAGAGUAGAGAUUUUAAUCAUCCAGCAGAAAAUGAGACUCUAUGAGAUUCUGUUUAGCCCUGUUUUUCGUAAUAGAAAAGAAACAGAAAAGGUAAAACAACCGUUUCUUCUGCAAAGAGCAAGUACUCUUCACCCAGGAAGGAUUUUUGUGACUGAAUCAGCAGUGCCUGCUGUAGGAUAGACAUGCUUCAAAAAUCUUAGCAUGAUUGGUGCUGCAGGGGAACAGGAGGCAGAACAAAUACUGUCUGUGAAAUCGUGUCUGUUGCUCAAACUGUUGUGUAAUAAAACUUUGAUAUUGAGAAGUUACAACUUCAUUACACACCUCAGAUUCAUGAUUCUAAAAUGAGAUUUGAAUUUCUGUGGAGUGCCUUUAAAAAGUAACAUCAAAAUCAUAAAAUCAAGAUAGAUGUGUGUUGUCAGUCGUAUCUAAAACUAGGUAUAAAUACAAAUUUUGUUUCCUGUUUUAAUUUCAGGGGAACUACUGUUUGGGAAAGCUGUUCGGUAACUGUUUUAUAAAUUACUGUCUCUCUUUUUCAGUCAUACCCUAAUGAUCCCAGCAAGCUAAUGCCCUGUGUUCUAAGGUAUGCAUGGUACAUACUAAAAAUCCUGUAAGGUCCUGGAGAGUUUUCAUUUAAUUAUUCAUUAAAGAAGCAUUUAUUUUCA